UUCAUUAGGCUUUUGUUUUCAAACAAAAUGACAACAUUUUAAUCGUUUGACUGUAUUUACAAAUAGACAUUUAUUUAUUUUCUUUUAUAUUAGUUAAUUGAUUUAAGUUAUUGAAGAAAAACGAAAAUCCAAAUCUACGUGAGGAAAAAUGGAUGAAGAUAUAUCUUCAAAAGUGAACAUAGCAUUUACUUGUUUAACAUGUUUAACGCCUGUGAUUUUGGACGAGUCCUAUCGUAACAUGGACGACUAUGCCAAAAAAGGACUUAACCUUCCAAUCUACGAUAAAAAUAAAGAUUAUUUGAUGCCACAAUUUCGUUUGACUGAUUCUGGUUUCACAUUAAUAUCAAAUGGUAAAGAGAAUCAAAGUCUCGGUACAACACUUAAGGCUCGUGCAAAUCUCUUUGAUUCGCUACAAUCGAAUUCGGAAAUCGAUCAUCCGUUGUGCGAUGAAUGUACUGAUACCAUGCAUGAAUUAAUGUGCCAACAAAUAAAAGUGGCUGAAGGAGAGUGGAACGACUACAAUAACUAUCUACAGAAACUCGAGCAAACUGAUAACUCACCGGCUAUCGAACAGCUUAAGAAAGAAUUGAACGAUUUGGAAAUGGAAGAAAAGCGUUUGAUUGAUGAAUUGGAGAAGAUAAAACAGGAAGAAGUAUCAGUGAAAGAAACAUAUAAAGUAGAGAAAGAAGAGAACGAAAAACUCCUCGUUGAUGAGGAAAAGUAUCGUAAGGAAUAUUCAAAGACACGACGUGAAUUAAUGCACUCCGAAGACGAAUAUCACAGUCUCAAAUGUCAAGUUGCGUACGCAAAUGACGAAUUGAAAAAGUUGAAGCAAACAAAUGUAUUCAAUAUGACGUUUCACAUUUGGCAUUCGGGUCAUUUUGGAACAAUCAAUACAUUCCGAUUGGGUCGAUUGCCAUCGGCUCCCGUUGAUUGGUCGGAGAUAAAUGCCGCAUGGGGACAAACAGCACUAUUACUAUCAGCAUUGGCACGUAAAGUGAAUUUAACAUUCGAACGAUAUCGAUUGGUUCCGUACGGUAAUCAUUCGUAUAUUGAAGUGUUGGAAAAUGGAAAAGAGUUGCCACUGUAUGGAACGGGAGGCUUUCGAUUUUUCUGGGAUACAAAAUUUGAUGCAGCCAUGGUGGCAUUCCUAGACUGUUUAGCACAAUUCAAAGACGAAGUGGAAAAGGGUGACAAAGACUUUUGCCUACCGUAUCGCAUCGACAAAGGCAAAAUCGAAGACACAUCAACUGGCAGUUCCUAUUCGAUCAAAAUUCAAUUCAACUCAGAAGAGCAAUGGACGAAGGCGUUAAAGUUUCUAUUGACCAAUUUAAAAUGGGGUCUCGCAUGGGUUUCAUCACAAUUCACUGAUGAACCAAUAACACUAUCAGAUCUGAGCGAAAGUGCUGUAUCAGCAUCGAAUAUUUAAUAAUUUUAAUAUUUUCUAUAUUCUAAUAAUAUAAAUAUUUUUGUUAAUUACAAAUCUUAUUCUUUAUUAAAUCAUUGAAAUUAUUAGUAAA